UGGUGGAACCGAGCCAUCCAUCGAUCAGAUAAGAUAAAGAUAACCCCGAUAACGCCCCUGUUGCAAGCCAACUCCUCCACCACAACCACCAAUACCACCACCGAUCUUCAUCCAGUACAAUGACCAUAUAACCUAACUCACAUCCUAAAGCCACAAAAAUGCCCGAGCAACCAUCAGCAUCCCGAAAACAACCCCCAACCCCCGCGCCAGCGAAACAAAACCCCCCGACCCCCCGCUGGAUCCUCCUGGCCCUGACCAGCGGCGCCUUCGCCGCCUUUAACGGCCUCUUCGCCAAACUAACAACAGACACACAAACAACAGCCCUAGCAACCUCCCUCCUGCACCUCUUCACUAGCGACCCUGCAAGCAGCACAGCCGACCACCCAUUCCUGGUCCUAGUGAUCCGGGGUAUAAGCCUGGCGCUCAACCUGCUGUGCAACGGGAUCAUGUGGGCGCUGUUCACGCGGGCGCUGACGGCGGGCCCGUCGACGACCAAGGUGUCGAUCACGAACACGGCGGCGAAUUUUCUGGUGACGGCGCUGCUGGGGAUGGUUGUGUUUUCGGAGCGGGUGGGCGGGUUGUGGUGGGUUGGGGCCGCGAUGAUGGGGAGUGGGUGUAUUAUUGUUGGGAUGAGGGAUUCUUAGGGUAUAAAUCUGAACGGGGUUUGUGGGGUAUAGGGUUGAGGUAUACCAGGG